AUAAGGGGCAUCCAUGUCAAGCUUACUUGCUUAUGAUUUCUUGACAGCAGAUAAGCUAGUGGGAUAUGUUCAGGUACUUUAUGUAAUAGUACACCACAGACAACAUGUUUGACUCGACUGUUUUACAACUCCCCUUGAACUUGAGAGGGGAAACUCUGGUCAGAAGUACAGAGACUGGUGGAAGAAAUUAUAAUUCUGAAAAUCAGUUCGAUCUUGUGAAUGAAUUUAGGAGUUGUAACUCCAAAAUUGAGGUGAGCAACUCUUGUCAAGAAACAGGAAGCCCUAGUUCAUGCAAUAAAAGCAGCAGUACCUAUCCCUACAGAGUCCAACUUGAACAGGAUGUUAAGAUAUUGCAAGAACGCCUACGAGAAGAGAAGGAACUGCAUGCUGUCCUACAAAAUGCCGUUGAGCAUGCUUCUGUAGCAUCAUCUAAUCUUUCAUGCCUCCCACCUGAUGCUCAAGAACUCUUGUCUGACAUUGCCAUGUUGGACGUUACUGUUUCAAAACUAGAGCAACAGAUGGUUUCAUUGCAUUUUCAACUUAGUCAAGAAAGAAAUGAAUGGAGACUUGCAGAGUACCAUUUGAAACAUUCCCCUUCUCAGUCACUAUUUUUUUUCUCCCCUGAAAAUAUGAAAGAAUUUGUACGUAAUAUUUCUCUGAACUCGGCUUCAUUUACCUGUUUUAAGCAUCCGAUUUUUGAAGAUUCUGAACUGCAUGUGACUUGUGAAGAAAUCCCAUGCCUGGAGCAAAGGGCCCAACCGUUGGAAGCAACUUGCAGAUCAUCUAGCACGUCCUCAAUGACAGAGGAUGCAGCGACCUCUGGCAUGACUGUCCAAGACAAGAAAGUAUCCAGGCAAAUGCUUCAACAUGUGGUAGGGAAACUUAGUAAAGAGAUGCCAAGUAAGGGCCUAUGGAAUAACCCUAAUCAGCUAUCAGAGGAAAUGGUUCGUUGUAUGAGAAACAUAUUUAUAUCGCUGGCGGGUUCUUCCGUUGGAUCAUCCAAUUCAUCUACAUUUGAGAGCCAAAACUCCCCUUUAUCUCCCCAUGGACAUCUUUCCAAUCUAUUGUCAUUGUCAUUAUCUGAACGCUCCGUGGUUUCAUCACGAGUGCAGAGUCCACAAGUUGAUCUACAAUGUAAUGCUGGGGUGUUGGCUGCGGAGAAUGCCUAUGAUCCUUACAGAGUCCAUGGUAAAUUAUGCUGGGCAGACAUUGGAGCCUAUGGAUCAGCAGUUGAGGUUUCGUGGAUGUCAGUAGGGAAGAAACAACUGGAAUAUGCUGCUGGAGCACUACGUAGAUUCAGAUCUCUUGUUGAGCAAUUGGCCAAAGUGAAUGCCAUCCACUUGAGCAGUGAUGAAAAGCUGGCUUUCUGGAUCAACUUAUAUAAUGCACUGAUUAUGCAUGCUUAUUUGGCAUAUGGAGUCCCUAGAAGUGACUUGAAGCUGUUCUCUUUGAUGCAAAAGGCAGCAUACACUGUUGGGGGCCAUUCUUUCAAUGCUGCGGCUAUUGAGUAUGUAAUUUUGAAGAUGAAACCACCAGUCCAUAGGCCUCAAACUGCAUUACUACUUGCUCUUCACAAGCUCAAGGUAUCUGUAGAACAGCGGAAGUUCUCAAUUGAUACAUUUGAACCAUUUGUAGUAUUUGCUUUGAGCUGUGGGAUGUACUCAUCUCCUGCGGUAAAAAUCUACAGUGCCAACAAUGUGAGGGAAGAGCUUCAAGAAGCGCAGCGUGACUUCAUUCGAGCUUCUGUUGGGGUGAGUGGCAAGGGGAGGCUCCUUGUGCCAAAAAUGCUCCACUGCUUUGCCAGGGGUUUUGUUGAUGAUUCUAAUUUAGCUGUGUGGAUCUCUCGGUACCUUCCACCUCAUCAGGCAGCCUUUGUUGAGCAGUGGAUGUCUCAGAGGCGGCAGAGCUUCCUUGGCUCUCGUAACUGUGGCAUCCUCCCCUUUGAUUCCCGCUUCCGCUACCUCUUUCUGGCUGAGGAAAUCUCGCCAUGAAUGCCAUUCCUCAGGCCCCAAGUGUCCCAGAAAUGUAUUUAUUUGUUCUGGACAUGCUAACAUGCAGUUCUGUUGAUGCCCCAUCUCUGCUCAGUCCCAAGAUUCAGAGCAUACCUUCUUCUCUGGCUGUUUGGGGUUACUUCUAAUCUUCUUUCCAGCUGCGAGCUGGUCUCCUAUUCUAAAUGUGUGUCGUUGCUGGUGCUGGUUCGGUCUUCCACUUGAUGACCUCAAACCUCAGCUGCACUCGGCCUACUGUCAAUUUUGUUAAUGGGUUGGUGGAGCUCGAAUCAGGUAUUGUCAUAAAAUAAGAAAUAAAUUGUCAGAAAACUUGUACGAAAUGUUGAAAGUUUUGUAAUCCGUUUUUUUAUGGGAAUGCUGUACAGAUGGUUUAUUUAAUCUGUGUUUCUUAUGGACCUCAUGGUAAAUUUCUCUUAUAGAAA